GCCGUAGCUGCGAGUCUGGCGUCGGGCGCGAACCCGGUUUCUGAGGAGAGAGCGGAGGGCGUGUGGGGGGCAGACGCGCCCUUCUGGCGUUAGCGUAGCCCGCGGUGCGGGGCGCUUUGGUCGCUUCCAUUACGGAGACACGGGCGCGUUUUUACAAUUCAGUGCUCCCCGAAACGGGGUUCUGAGGCCGAUCCUGCGCGAGCGUCCUCCGCGGCCGGCCUCGCAGCGCUCGCUGCCCUCCCGGCGCGCGACGUGGGCGCUCGGAGCGCGCGCUCACCACGGGACCGGCCCGGCUGGACCGCCCUCUCGCUACAGGGGUCCUAUCGUAAACGGCCGGGUGACGCCGGAAACGAGGCCGAGUCGGCCGCUUCUCCCUCCCGCGGCCGGCGGCGCGGAGCCCGGCGAGGAGGGUGUGGGCGAAGGGGGCGCUCCGGCCCUGCCGCGUCGGUCGCCCUCCGCCUCUGAGUUGCUCGGCGGGUCGGAAGGUGUGGCCAGUGCCCCUGGACACGGAGGUCCCCGGUGCGAGCCCUACGUCGCCGUCGCGCCCCGAGAGCAUCCCUGCCUCUCGGUUGCCCUCCGGAGCUAGGGACUCAGUUCGGAGCGCGCGGCGGCGGGGCUGGGGCCGGAGCCGCCCGAGCACUCCCGAUCUUCUUCGGUUCUUUCCGGCAGCCUGAGCGUCGGCAUCGGUCGCCUUCGACUGUUUCCGCAUUUCUUGCUCGGCGUUGUCCCGGCAACGUAAGGCGGCGCAGCGGCCUGGUGGAGGUUCCAUCCCUGACCAGGUCUGAGUUUGGUCAUGGCCCUCUAUUUUGAUCAUCGGGUAGAAGCCCCGGACACAGCCAGGUUGCCCUCACACAUCAGCUGGCACCCUGUCCACCCAUUCUUGGCAGUUGCCUCUGUCAACACAACCUCAGGAGGCAGCGUGGAUAUAUACCUGGAACAAGGUGAGCGUGUGCCCGAUACACACAUCGAGAGGCCAUUCCAGGUUGCUUCCCUGUGCUGGCACCCGACGCGGCUGAUCCUGGCUGUUGGCUGGGAGACCGGAGAAGUGAUCGUGUUUAACAAGCAGGACAAGGAGCAGCACACGGUGCCCCUGACACACACCACCGACAUCACUGUCCUCAAGUGGAGCACCAACGGGAACUGCCUCCUCUCUGGAGACAGGCUUGGUGUCUUGCUUUUAUGGAGGUUGGACCAAAGGGGUCGGGUCCAGGGGACACCCCUGCUGAAACACGAGUACGGGAAACACCUCACUCAUUGCAUCUUCCGCCUGCCCCCGCCGGGCACGGACCUGGUUCAAUUGGCGAAGGCAGCUGUGAGUGGCGACGAAAAAGCCCUGGACAUGUUUAACUGGAGGAAAAGCGGCUUUGGAAGUUUCCUGAAGAUGGGCUCUCAGGAGGGGCUGUCGUUCUUUGUCAGCCUGACGGAUGGGACGGUGCACUACGUGGACGAGAAGGGCAGGACUGCGCAGGUGGCAUCCACGGGCAGCUCCAUCCAAACGCUGUUACACAUAGAAAAGAGAGAGGCGCUGGUGGUGGUCACGGAGAAUCUCCUGCUGUCCCUGUACGUGGUGACCCCCGAGGGUGAAGCUGAAGAAGUGAUGAAGGUAAAGUUGAGUGGGAAAACAGGUCGCCCGGCAGACAUCGCCUUGAUCGAGGGCAGCCUUCUCGUGAUGGCCAUCGGGGAAACCGUCCUCAGGUUCUGGGAUUUAGAACGAGGAGAGAAUUACAUACUGAGUCCCGAUGAGAAGUUUGGCUUUGAAAAAGGAGAGAACAUAAACUGCGUCUGUUACUGUAAGGCCAAAGGUCUGCUGGCGGCAGGGACUGACAAAGGGCGGGUAGCCAUGUGGAGGAAAGCUCUAGGCCCUCCGAGCAGCCGAGGUGGGGAGGGCAAGGACAGGUGGACCCUUCAGACCCCCACCGAACUCGAAGGGAACAUCACGCAGAUAAAGUGGGGCUCCAGAAAGAACCUGCUGGCGGUGAACAGCACCAGCACCGUGUCGAUCCUCAGCGAGCAGGCCUUGGCGGCGCACUUCCACCAGCUGGCGGCCGCUGUGCAGGUGUCCCCAAGCUUGCUCAACGUGUCCUUCCUGUCCACGGGGGGCGCGCACAGCCUGUGCAUGGACAUGCGCGUCAGUGGAGUGUUCGCCACCAAGGAUGCUGUUGCUGUCUGGAACGGAAAACAGGUGGUGAUUUUUGAGCCUUCUGGGACCACCUUACGGAAUGCAGGUACCUUCCCGUGUGAGUCUCCAGUGCUAGCGAUGCAUGAAGAAAGCGUUUAUACGGUGGAGCCAAACCGAGUUCAAGUUCGAACCUGGCAGGGGACUGUCAAACAACUCCUCCUGUUUUCUGAGACCGAGGGCAGCCCUUGCUUCUUGGACAUCUGUGGAAAUUUCCUGGUUGUAGGGACAGACUUAGCUCACUUUAAAAGCUUUGAUCUCUCCCGAAGGGAGGCGAAAGUGCACUGCCACUGCAAGAACCUGGCCGAGCUGCUCCCCGGGGUGGGGACCAUUGCUUCCCUCAGGUGCAACGCCACUGGGAACAAGAUCAGCAUCCUCCUCAGUAAGGCUGACAACAGCCCCGAUUCCAGAAUCUGCUUCUACGACGUUGAAAUGGACACGGUGACUGUCUUCGACUUCAACACUGGACAGAUUGAUCAGAGAGAGACGCUGUCCUUUAACGGGCAAGAGACUAAGAGCCACCUGUCUGCCGAUGAGAGACUGGCGAAUCGCAUUCCCGUGAGCCAUUUCUGGGAUCAGAGUGAGCCCCGGCUUUUCGUGUGUGAGGCUGCGGUGCAGGAAGCGCAGGGCACCCAGCCGCAGUCGGCAGACAGGCAGCCCCACGCCAGCCCCACGGCAGAGGUUUUGGUUCUGUCGUUCUUCGUUUCCGAAGAGCGUGGCCUCUUGCUUCAUGACAGCUUCCCACGGCCUCCUGCCUACCAGACUCUUCUGGGGAUGCAAGUGCCCCAUUAUUACUUCACAAAAAAGUUGUUGUUCCAGAGAGGAAGCAUGUAUGAUGCAGUUCCCGGAGAAGGAGACGGGGAAGACAGGUCGGAUUCUGGGUGCCAGCGCGUCCCCCAGAUGGUGGCCAGGAGACCCCUGCGGGACUUUGUCGGGCUGGAGGACUGCGACAAGCCCACUCGGGACGCCAUGCUCAACUUCAGCUUCUUCGUCACCAUCGGCGACAUGGACGAAGCUUUCAAAUCUAUCAAACUCAUCAAAAGUGAGGCCGUCUGGGAGAACAUGGCGCGCAUGUGCGUGAAGACACAGCGGCUGGACGUGGCCAAGGUGUGCCUGGGGAACAUGGGCCAUGCCCGUGGGGCCCGAGCGCUGCGGGAGGCAGAGCGUGAGCCGGAGCUGGAGGCCAGAGUGGCCAUGCUGGCCAUACAGCUGGGCAUGCUGGAGGAUGCCGAGCAGCUGUACAAGAAGUGCAAGCGCUACGACCUUCUGAACAAGUUCUACCAGGCCUCAAACCAGUGGCAGAAAGCCGUGGAAGUCGCCGAGCUCCACGACCGAGUGCAGUUGCGCACCACCUACUACAACUACGCCAAGCACCUGGAGGCCAGCGCUGACUGUAGCCUGGCCCUUAGUUACUAUGAGAAGUCUGACACCCACUGUUUCGAGGUGCCCAGGAUGCUCUCGGAGGACCUGCAGUCCCUGGAGCUCUACAUCGAUAAGAUGAAGGACAAGACCCUGUGGAGGUGGUGGGCCCAGUACUUGGAGAGUCAGGCGGAAAUGGACACUGCGCUUCGCUACUACGAGCUGGCACAGGACCACUUCUCCCUGGUCCGCAUCUGCUGCUUCCAGGGCAACAUUCAGAAGGCUGCUGAAAUCGCCAACGAGACCGGGAACUUGGCAGCGUCGUAUCACCUUGCCCGCCAGUAUGAGAGCCAGGAGGACGUGCGGCAGGCAGUGCACUUCUACACGCGGGCGCAGGCCUUCAACAACGCCAUCCGCCUGUGCAAGGAGAACAGCCUGGACGACCAGCUCAUGAACUUGGCCCUGCUGAGCUCGCCAGAGGACAUGAUUGAAGCCGCCCGGUACUACGAGGAGAAGGGCGAGCAGAUGGACAGGGCGGUCAUGCUGUACCACAAGGCUGGCCACUUCUCCAAGGCCCUGGAGCUGGCCUUCGCCACCCAGCAGUUUGCAGCCCUGCAGCUCAUCGCGGAGGACCUGGAUGAGAAGUCGGACCCCGCCCUGCUGGCCCGCUGCUCGGACUUCUUCAUCGAGCACAGGCAGUACGAGAAGGCGGUGGAGCUGCUGCUGGCCGCCAGGAAGUACCACGAAGCCCUGCAGCUGUGCCUGGAGCAGAACAUGACCAUCACAGAGGACAUGGCCGAAAAGAUGACCGUGUCCAAGGACUCCAAGGACCUGUCUGAGGAGUCCCGGCGGGAGCUGUUGGAGCAGGUGGCCAACUGCUGCAUGCGCCAGGGCAGCUACCACCUGGCGACCAAGAAGUACACGCAGGCCGGGAACAAGCUGAAGGCCAUGAGAGCGCUGCUCAAGUCUGGAGACACAGAGAAAAUCAUGUUCUUCGCGGGCGUCUCCAGGCAGAAGGAGAUCUACAUCAUGGCUGCCAACUACCUGCAGUCCCUGGACUGGCGGAAGGAGCCAGAGAUCAUGAAGAACAUCAUCAGCUUCUACACAAAGGGGCGUGCCCUGGACCUGCUGGCGGGCUUUUAUGACGCCUGUGCCCAGGUGGAGAUCGAUGAAUACCAGAACUACAACAAAGCCCACGGGGCGCUGACUGAGGCCUACAAGUGCCUGGCCAAGGCCAAGGCCUCCAGCCCACUGGACCAGGAGACCAAGCUGGCUCAGCUGCAGAGCAAGAUGGCACUGGUGAAGAGGUUCAUCCAGGCCCGCAGGACAUACACGGAAGACCCCAAGGAGGCCGUCAAGCAGUGUGAGCUGCUUCUGGAGGAACCAGACCUGGACAGCACCGUCCGCAUCGGGGACGUCUAUGGCUUCCUGGUGGAGCAUUACCUGCAGAUGGAGGAGUACCAGAUGGCCUAUAAGCACCUGGAGGAGAUGCGCAAGAGAAUUCCCUCUGCCAACAUGUCCUACUACGUGAGCCAGCGCACCACGGACGCCGUGCUCCAGGGCCUUGGCCUCCCUCCGGCACGCGCCAUGCCCCAGCGGAUCCACCACAACAGCAUGGAGGACCCCCGGGACGUGGACGAGGAGGUGGUGGAAGAGGUAGAAAAUGACCCCUAAUGGGCCCGGGCCUCUGGCCAGCCAGCCAGUGUCCUCCCACUAGAAGCAUCUUCUGGAAUUUUCCAGUUGCCAAUAGCAGCAAAGGCAGCUUUUUUGUUCCCCAAAAUCCCUCAUGUGUUGGAACAUGGAAGCAGAGCUGUAGCAGGACACAGGCCCAGUCACCAGGGCCCAGAGGGAGCGUGUGUGUUUGUAUUUUUAAACCAUUCCUCUGGCAUUCCUGCCUCCAGGCGCUCAGCAGCUCCUGCGGAUUUUUGGACUAGUUCCUUUAAAGGCAGUUGGAUUCGCCUUUCCCACGAUCUUCUCCCAACUACAUACUGUGAAGCCUGGGAGACUUCUAGAGCUUCGCGACGCGGCACCCAGAGGACAGGGGACACCUGCUACCCUGUUCCCCACACCCCUCCCUAAGCCCCUCUGAUGGUCACCUGGCAGUUCCCAGCUGGCCCACUGCGGCCAGGACCACCCUGGCCCUCCUGCGACUGCAAUAAAGUUUGUUUUCUCGG